AGCCAACCCAAAACGAUGGCCGUGGCCCAUCAAGCGCUUCAUUCUUCAAGGCCAGCACACGCCGCACGCAGCAUCGGCGAUACUUCGUCAAGGCCCGCUGAGACCGUACAAGAUAGGAAACUCCAGGACAAUCUCGGCGUCUCGCCGGCGGCCGCCACCGCGAUGAUCAGCAUCCUCGCGCAGGAGCGCCUCCUCGGGUUCGCCCUGGGCUCCGUCUCCAUGGGUGGCUUCGUCCUCCACCAGCGCCGCGCCAUCUACCGCUCCCUUGCCGACGCCGACCAGGCCUCUGGGGCCCCGUCCUUCUCCUAUCAGACAAGUGAAACCACCGCUAGAAGGGGCUCAGCUGAAUUGGCUCACGUAUGGAACAAGGCAGUUGAUGAGACCCUUGGCCGGCUUGUUGUGUAUCUUAGCUCUCGUGGAUGGUAAUUCAAGCACCAAGAGUGAAGCUCUUCUCCCUGUUCAGUUCGUUGUUGUGCUAAAUUAAGACACAUAUGUUCUGCCAUUUCUCUGUAGCAAUGGUUGAACAUAAUGCUUUCUUUUACUUUAAAAAUGGGUGAGGAGGACAGCCGUCAGAUUGAUCA